AAAUAGAAUAAAAAUCCGUCGCCCAUAAAAGAAAAUAAACAGGAAACAAAUCAACUUCCUGAGGAUGGACAAGUCUGGGAAGAGCGGGUUUUUCAGAAGAAGUCAUUCUCUACCGAACACUAAAGUGAAGAAAGGUCAACGCCGGGAGCAUCCCAUUGAGGACAGACAAGAUGAAGCUAACCCAGAAGAGGUACAUGACGUAUUACGUAAUAUCAAAAUUUUGGCCAUCAACGCGAAGAAGUAUUUCAAAAAGAAGAAAAUCUACCGUUAUUACUGCGAAGAAUUGAUUGAUAGGUGGAUUCCAGACCUUAAAAGGCUGUUACGAAUUUCCUCAAGGGAGGAAAAACGAAACAAGGAAAAGGCCGAAGCUGAGGAAGAAAAUUUCCGUCAAGAGACAAACAGAGAGUUCCGAAAUUUUAGCAAGGACUAUAAUAGGAAGAAAAAGGUGUCUGAUGAGGCUAUAAUUUGGAAACAAAAGUAUGAAGAAGAACUGGCUGAGCUGAGGAGAAGACACGAGGAGGAAAUAUCUACACUGAAGAGGGAGCAUGAGGCGGCAAUGAAAAGAUUGAAAGACGAAAAGGAAAAACUUCUGACGCGGUUAAGCCAAGCAGCUGGAAACAAAUUGAGGGAGAACAACCCAGCCGUAUCCGACCUCAGUGACCCUAAUCGACCCCUGAAACUGUCAGAGAAGAUCAGUGAACUGUAUGAUAAUGAGUGGACAGACGCAAUGGAAAUCCUGGAGGCGGAUCGAGAAGAAAAGAAGGCGGUAGAGACACUUCUGCGUAUAAUUGUGAAAUGCUAUGAGCUUUGCGAGAAAUUUUCAAAGUCUCAGUUAUCAAGUCUGAAAGGAGCUUGUUGGGGAGAUAAAAAUAACGUUAAAGAGGGGGAUUCUGUUCCUACGAACAAAGCCAUAGAACUUAGAAAGGAUAUUGCAUCCUGGAUGAUCAGUUCUUCUAGUCUCCCUCAGGCUAUUUUGCAAGAAAUAGAACAAGACAUCGGGAAAGAAGAUGCAAAGAAAUGUGAACCUUAUAUCCAGAAGUGUGUGCAAUAUUGCUGGUUCAUGUGUGUUCAGGAUCCCAACAUGCAUGUCGUGGUCUGGACCAGUGGGACUAAAUUCGAUAACAAUGAAAUGAAAUCUUUCACAAAGAUUGGACAGUACGUCGACUUCACAGUUUGGCCUGCUUUAUACUUGCACAAAGAUGGACCUUUGUUAUCAAAGGCAAUAGUACAAGGAACCAACCACGCUGUGGUGUAGUGAAUACAUAUCGUCUUUAGUAUGAGGUUGUAGUGAAGAUGUUGUUCCAAAGAUGUUUGUUCAGUAAUCAUUCCAUAAUCAAAUUCCAUUUUAUUUUUUUUAAAUCCUGAAUAGUUGUAACUUUAAGUUCAAUAUAUUGUUUUUGCAUGGCUUACCGUCCAGGGAUUCUUUUGUAAACCUAGAUUAUCUAAAGAUUGUUUUAUAUCAGAUGAAUGUUUUACUGCAAAGUGUUCUACAGUAGUAUUCUUGCCAGUUUCAAAGUUUCCAUUUUUUAUUUUCAUUUAAUCUACACUUGUAACGCUUGCUAAAGGUCUUUUGGCCCUAUAUAGGUAUUCAGUUUCAAUUCAACCGCUUAAUACUCGAUUUAUUCUUAUUGUUGUGGUGUCAGAGUGAUGUUAAAUGUUUUAUUGUUAGUAAACUAAACUAUAGUUAGUGAUUUUUUUUUCUUCAAUAGACGAAAUAUUUCACCAAAAUGG